ACAAGAUAGAAAGGCUCUCAAACCGAUAGAAAGGCUCUCAAACCGAUUCUUCCUGUUUCAAGCGUUGUUGCCAGCGCGUUCCAACAGAAUGUGAACCCGGCCAAGUGUGUACCGAUAUACCGCAUCAAGUAUGGCUGGCAACACCCCCUGAGGUUUCGUAAAGGAAUGACAUAUGAAACGUGUUGACGUCAGGGGGUAGGGGCAGAUGUUCAGGGGCAGAAACAUGACCCCUUCUGUACCAGGAAGAUCAAAUAUGGAUGAUGUGGAGGCAUGGCACAAAGGGAAGGUCACAGGUGGUCACGUCGGAAAAGUAUAACAGGAUUCAAGAACAAAGUCGUUUGUUGCGGUUGCUGUUCUCAGUUAUGCGAUACAUAUUGCAAUCGAGGAAAAGCAAAGUUACAACACAAAAAACGACCAUGCUCUUCAAAAUCAACGUGCUCCUCGCGCUCAUGGCAGGAACGGCCCUAGCGGUCGAAGUCAAGAGAAUCGAGGUUUGCCCUGGAUCUUCGACCAAAAAGCAAGGCACCGUUUAUUCGGUCUUCUCUGGAUCCUCAGUCAAUCCUUGGGGAUCGGCCACCAUCGGUGAGCCUACUAAAGGCGGGAAUAUGCUGGAUUGCGCCAACAGGUGCGACGCUCUCAACAAGGGCUCGGCUGUCCCCAAGUGCCGUGGUUUCGAAUUCUACAAUCCUACCGGAGAAUGUAGGAUCUACGAGGGCUGGGCCGCCCCUGACAAGGUUGGGGAUGGUCAAGGAGAUGUUGGGAUCCCCUUUAUGCCAUGCAACGACGCGAAUUCUGAUAUUUGGGGCUAUGGGGAUAAGCGCGACAGCUGUUGCGAGGUUUGGAUGGAAAGGAAUGAAUCGUCGGGUGGAACCGCUGGUCUCGCCGUAAUGCCCGCACCUUCUGCUUGAUCUUGUUCUCUUGAG